GCCGCUUCCGGCCCACCCUCUUGCCCGGUCCCCGGGAGGGCCGGUCCGCUCCUCCCGGACGCCGAGGACCUACCACCGCGACUUCGCCCCGCCCGGCGCGGGCCCAGGACCCUGAUGUCGCUUUUGAACAGCCCCUGCACCUGGCAGCCAGCGAGCUACUGUAGUAGGCAUUGCCGACUGUUUGCAUACCGGAUGGGAGUGACAGUGUAAUAGAAAAACAAGCAAGAAACCUUUUAGGUAGGACUCCUAAGGCUCAGAGGAAGUUACCUCCAGCCGCCGCCAUGCCCAACUCAGUGCUGUGGGCGGUGGACCUCUUCGGGAGAGUGUACACGCUGUCCACAGCAGGCCAGUACUGGGAACUGUGCAAGGACUCCCAGCUGGAGUUCAAGCGCGUCAGCGCCACCACGCAGUGCUGCUGGGGCAUUGCCUGUGACAACCAGGUCUACGUGUAUGUGUGUGCCAGCGAUGUCCCCAUCCGCCGCCGAGAGGAGGCCUAUGAGAAUCAGCGCUGGAAUCCCGUGGGCGGCUUCUGUGAGAAGCUCCUGCUGAGUGACCGCUGGGGGUGGAGUGACGUGAGUGGGCUCCAGCACUGUCCGCUGGACAGGGUGGCACUGCCCUCGCCGCACUGGGAGUGGGAGUCUGACUGGUACGUGGAUGAGAAUUUUGGAGGUGAACCCACUGAGAAAGGGGGGUGGACGUACGCCAUCGACUUUCCCGCCACCUACACGAAAGACAAGAAGUGGAAUUCUUGUGUACGGCGCCGGAAGUGGAUCCGGUACAGGAGAUACAAGUCCCGGGACAUCUGGGCCAAGAUCCCCUCGAAGGAUGACCCCAAGGAGCUGCCCGACCCCUUCAACGACCUCUCUGUAGGGGGCUGGGAGAUCACGGAGGAGCCCGUGGGCCGCCUGUCAGUGUGGGCUGUGUCUCUGCAGGGCAAGGUGUGGUACAGAGAGGACGUCAGCCACUCCAACCCCGAAGGGUCCUCCUGGUCCCUGCUGGACACCCCCGGGGAGGUGGUUCAGAUCAGCUGUGGGCCCCACGACCUCCUGUGGGCCACACUCUGGGAGGGGCAGGCCUUGGUCCGGGAAGGAAUCAACAGGAGCAAUCCCAAAGGAAGUUCCUGGUCCAUCGUGGAGCCUCCUGGAUCUGAAAACGGGGUCAUGCAUGUCUCGGUGGGAGUCAGCGUGGUCUGGGCUGUCACCAAGGACUGGAAGGUGUGGUUCCGAAGAGGCGUCAACUCUCACAAUCCCUGCGGCACCAGUUGGAUUGAGAUGGUUGGUGAGAUGAUGAUGGUGAACGUGGGAAUGAACGACCAGGUGUGGGGCAUUGGCUGUGAGGACCGAGCUGUGUACUUCCGGCAGGGUGUCACCCCCAGCGAGCUCAGUGGGAAGACUUGGAAGGCCAUCGCCGCCGCCCGAGAGUGUGACCGGUCACACUCUGGCAGCUCGUCUAGUCUCCUCAGUGCCGGCUGCUUCUUCAGUGAUGAGGUGAGGGGUAGUGGCGAGUCUGCCCCCAGCGACACCGAUGCCUCCUCGGAAGUCGAGAGACCAGGGCCUGGCCAGACUCUCCCUGCAGAACCUCUAGACGAUUCCAAGAAUGCCACAGGGAACUCAGCCUCAGGCCUGGGGGCUGGCAGGACCGCAGAAGAUACCGUGGAAGAUGCCUGCCCAGCCGAGGGCAGCAGGGAGGCCAGACCCAACAUGCACCCCGGCCCAGCCCCCACCCCGGCCGAGCUGCCCUGGACCAAUAUUGACCUCAAGGAGGCCAAGAAAGUGCCCAGCCACUCGGCCGCUGGCUUCUCUGAGACCACCAGCCUCUCCUCACUGGGGCUCCUCCCGCUGGGCUUGGAGGAGCCGUAUGGGGUGGAUGACCACCCGCUGUGGGCCUGGGUGUCGGGAGGCGGCUGCGUGGUGGAGGCAUGUGCCAUGCCCAGGUGGUUCACUGUCCAGGCGGGCCUGUCCUCCUCGGUACACAUGCUGUCCCUGUCCAUCACGCCAGCCCAGACCGCUGCCUGGAGGAAGCAGAUCUUCCAGCAGCUCACGGAAAGGACCAAGCGGGAGCUGGAGAACUUCAGACACUACGAGCAGGCCGUGGAGCAGUCGGUGUGGGUGAAGACCGGGGCGCUGCAGUGGUGGUGCGACUGGAAGCCCCACAAGUGGGUGGACGUGCGCGUGGCCCUGGAGCAGUUCACGGGGCAUGACGGCGUCCGGGACAGCAUCCUCUUCAUCUACUACGUGGUCCACGAGGAGAAGAAGUACAUCCACAUAUUCCUGAAUGAGGUGGUGGCGCUGGUCCCAGUGCUGAACGAGACCAAGCACUCCUUUGCCCUGUACACCCCUGAGCGGACACGGCAGAGGUGGCCGGUGCGUCUGGCUGCUGCCACCGAGCAGGACAUGAAUGACUGGCUCGCCCUGCUCAGCCUGUCUUGCUGCGAGAGCCGGAAGGUGCAGGGCCGCCCGUCCCCGCAGGCCAUCUGGUCCAUCACCUGCAAGGGGGACAUCUUCGUGAGCGAGCCCAGCCCAGACCUGGAGGCCCACGAGCACCCCCUGCCCUGCGACCAGAUGUUUUGGCGGCAGAUGGGAGGCCACCUGCGGAUGGUGGAGGCCAACAGCCGGGGCGUGGUGUGGGGCGUCGGCUAUGACCACACGGCCUGGGUGUACACAGGCGGCUAUGGAGGCGGCUGCUUCCAAGGCCUGGCCAGCAGCACCAGUAACAUCUACAUGCAGUCAGACGUGAAGUGUGUUCACAUCUAUGAGAACCAGCGCUGGAACCCCGUCACAGGCUACACCAGCAGGGGUCUGCCCACGGACCGGUACAUGUGGAGCGACGCCUCGGGGCUGCAGGAGUGCACAAAGGCUGGCACGAAGCCCCCGUCCCUGCAGUGGGCCUGGGUUUCCGACUGGUUCGUGGAUUUCAGCGUUCCGGGGGGCACGGACCAGGAGGGGUGGCAGUAUGCCAGCGACUUCCCUGCCUCAUACCAUGGGUCCAAAACGAUGAAGGAUUUUGUGAGGAGGAGGUGCUGGGCCAGAAAAUGCAAGCUGGUGACCAGUGGGCCCUGGCUGGAGGUGCCCCCCAUCGCCCUCAGGGAUGUGUCCAUCAUCCCGGAGAGCCCGGGUGCUGAGGGGAGCGGGCACAGCAUCGCCCUCUGGGCCGUCAGCGACAAGGGGGAUGUGCUGUGCCGCCUGGGCGUGUCGGAGCUCAACCCUGCGGGCUCCUCCUGGCUGCACAUUGGCACUGACCAGCCCUUCGCCUCCAUCUCCAUCGGGGCCUGCUACCAGGUGUGGGCCGUGGCAAGGGACGGCUCCGCCUUCUACCGGGGAUCCGUGUACCCCUCGCAGCCAGCCGGUGACUGCUGGUACCACAUCCCGUCCCCACCGAGACAGAGGCUGAAGCAGGUGUCCGUGGGGCAGACGUCGGUGUAUGCCCUGGAUGAGAAUGGAAACCUGUGGUAUCGCCAAGGGAUCACGCCCAGCUACCCACAGGGCUCCAGCUGGGAGCAUGUGUCCAACAACGUGUGCCGAGUGUCCGUGGGGCCCCUGGACCAGGUCUGGGUGAUCGCCAACAAAGUGCAGGGCAGCCACAGCCUGAGCCGGGGGACAGUGUGUCAUCGCACCGGCGUGCAGCCUCACGAGCCCAAGGGCCACGGCUGGGACUACGGCAUCGGGGGAGGCUGGGACCAUAUCUCUGUCCGGGCCAAUGCCACCAGGGCCCCCCGGAGCUCGUCCCAGGAGCAGGAGCCGAGUGCCCCACCAGAGGCCCAUGGCCCCAUCUGCUGCUAAGCACCCCCCCCCACACCUACAUGCAGGGACGGUGCCCAGUUUGGGGGAUCAAGGCUGAGCCAUUCUUGUGCUGGAGUGUGCACCGUGGGAGCAAUGUGGCCCAGGUGGACUCAGGAGGGAACCUGGCCCCAAGGCUGCGGCCACUUCAGAGGCACUGGCUGAGACGGCCCUGAAAUGUGAAGCUCCGCGGACACUCCCGCACGUGUCCCCGUCUGCGAGGAGUCCCGGGGUGUGGGGCAUGGGGUGGGGCUGCACCUCCCAGAGGCCCCUCCCACCCUUCCCUUCCCCUUUCCCUUCUGCCUUUCCAGGACUAGAACCGGGAACCUGGAGCCCUCCGGGAACGCCGGCCCUGGGGCAGCAGAGCCAGGAUGGAGCCCUCCUGAGCUGGCAUCUCAGACAGCACCCAGGCCCGCCACCCCUCACCAAGAGAGACGGCCAUGGGGCUCAGGCCUCUUUACCAUGUGCAGUGACCAUUUCUCAGAGCAGGACUUGCAAAGAGGCUUUAAUUUCAAAAGUGAAGGAAGGAGGCCGGGCGCCGUGGCUCACGCCUGUAAUCCCAGCACUUUGGGAGGCUGAGGUGGGCAGAUCACCUAGGUCAAGAGUUUCAAACCAGACUGGCCAACAUGGUGAGACCCCGUCUCUACUAAAAAUACAAAAAAAAAAAAUUAGCUGGGCAUGGUGGUGGGUGCCUGUAAUCCCAGCUACUCGGGAGGCUGAGGCAGGAGAAUCGUUUGAACCCGGGAGGCGGAGGCUGCAGUGAGCCGAGAUCAUGCCACUGCACUCCAGCCUGGGCGACAGAGACUCCAUCUCAAAAAAAAAAAAAAAAGUGAA